AUGGAGUCCGUCAAGAACGCAGCAAACUACGUCAGCGACAAGGCCGGUGAGAUGACAUCCGGUGCUUCCAAGGAGGCCAACAAGAACGUCGCUCAGGACAGCAACGCCAGCCUCGGUACCCGAGCCUCCGCAGCCAAGGAUGCCGCUGGUGACAAGCUCGAUGAGAGCAAGAACUCUGCUUCCGCUGAGGGCAACAAGCAGGCCGCUACUCAUUAA